AAACAGUCAAGCGCUUUAGAAUGUGUAACAUGGCCGUCGGAGGGAGCGGAGUACAAGGUUUUGUGGACAGAUACACGGCAUUAGAUCGGCUGACAGAUGAUGCAACGUUUUAUCCAUAAUGUAACCGUUCUGUUCUCUUAGUGGUAUCAGCCCAGGAGAAUUAUUCUGGCUUGUUGUGAAGCACUGUAGUGGAAGCGGAAGCAGCAGCUGUUGACUCUGUGUGAGGUUGCUGUUUCUCCUCUCACACUGGCAGUACUGUUAGGAAUAGUGUUUUGGGGCCGGCGGACGUGUUUACCUGCUGCAGGGUGGGACUCGGCCCUGACAACCGGCACCGCGUCUCCUCGGGGCAUGGUGAGAGAGCACGGGUCACCAUGGAGCUCUACGAUAAGAUGCAGGAGAAAGGAGUGACUCCAUUAGGUCUGACCACAGCCCAGGCUUUAGGAACACUCCGAGAUCAGCUCUCCAGCCUACUGGAGCAGCAUCAGAAGCUCAACCAGCGGAGAUCCACCAUCAAGGAGCUGUGGGCAAAGAGUUUCCUCCACCAUAAUGACCGUCACUCCUGCUUCCACUGGCCUGGAGCUGCUUUCACACUACUUGUAGUAUUGGGUUUGCUGUGUUGCCAUGGCAAGCAGCCAAAGGGCAGCGAAGGCAUAGAGCUGGUGAAUGCAGGAGCACUCUUUCUUCUGCUGCUGCUUAACCUCAUCCUUAUCGGACGUCAGCAGAGACUGAAGAAAAGCGAGAUGCUUCGGCGACUGAAAUCCAUCAUUUCAGAUCUGAACGGUCACUUGGAAGGGAGAGGAGGUCAGCCAGUCAGAUGGCCCUCGUCUCGAUACCCCGACUUGUACACACCUUCCUCGCCGUCCUGGUCUCUGCACUGGACAUACCGUGAUGAACAGUUAGUUAACCUGCCUGUCAGUCUGUUGGUGGAAGGUGAUGUCAUUGCUCUUAGGCCAGGCCAGGAAUCAUUUGUCUCUCUUAGAGGCAUUAAGGAUGAUGAACACAUUGUCCUGGAGCCUGGAGACCUGUUUCCACCAUUUUCCCCUCCUCCCUCACCUCAAGGAAAUAAUAGAAAGGGACCACACAGCCCACAGCAGCACCGCCUCUUUAGGGUGGUUCGCACACCCAUUCUUGACAAUGUCAGAAACAGUCUUGAUCUCGCGCUCUCUCGACCAGUCACAGCUCUUGAUAACGAACGCUUCACUGUGCAGUCCCUUAUAGCGAAGUUUGCCUGCCCUGCUGUGCUGGUGGCGUUUUUUACUGUGAAUACAAUCCGCUAUUUUUGUGGCACUCCUGGUCUAACACCAGCGCAAUUCAACUUCUUUCAGCUGCAGAUGAUGGGAGUGCUGCCCAUUCUACCUCUGCUCUUUCCUGUCAUGUGGGUCCUGGUCAUCGCUUACGGAGAGGCGCGAGUGUUGGCAGAGUUCAGCCGCAACUCUCCAACAGGCCUGCUGGCUAAGUUCUCUGAGGAUACUCUAAGCAGCUACACGGAAGUGGUGUCCUCCCAGGAGAUGCUGCGCUGUGUGUGGAGACACUUGGUGGGUGUUCUGAAAGGAGAGUCUCAUACGUUGUGUUCUACCUCAAGCCUGCUGCGCAACCUGGGUUCAGUUACAGUACUAUGCUGUGUGGAUAAGCAGGGUGUGCUGUCCUGGCCCAACCCUAGUCCAGAGACGGUCCUGUUCUUCAGCGGGCGUGUUGAGCCGCCCCACGACAGCCAGGACAACCUCAGGGACGACUUGUCUGUUAACUCUUUGUGUCGUACUGAAGGAGAGGAUGACAGAGAUGAGGAAGGUGAGGCUCUCCUUAACAUACAUUCCUUGGAACCUGUUGUACAUCUUGUUAAUGAGCAGGAGUUCAGUGAGGUAUCGCAGGAUAUAGUCCGCUCCUGUGAUACGCACCGCACCCAACGAGGUCCUCAGACCACACGCUCCAAACACCCAUCAGGCUCCAACGUCAGCUUCAGCCAUGACACCGAGGGAGGAGAGGAGUCCAGCAGUCAGCUGUGUGUUGUCGGUGAUGAUCUGUGUGAGGCAGAGGACUUUGUGUGUGACUAUCAUCUGGAGAUGCUGAGCCUGUCUCAGGACCAGCAGAACCCUGUCAGUAUUCAGUUUGAUGACUCGGGCUGGCAGGGCCACCUGUCCUCUCUGAAGCCUCUGGGUUUGAACAUCAUGCUGAACUUGUGCAACGCUCUGGUCACGCAGCAGCUCUGCCGCUUCUCAGACCACCUCUCUAACUUGGCACUGCAGGAGAGUCAUGGUGCUGUGCUACCUGUACACGUUCCCUGGGGCCUCUGCGAGCUUUCUCGCCUCAUAGGUUUUACUCCCGGAGCACGUGAACUCUUUAACCAGGAAAACCAUUUGGCUUUGUACCAGCUGCCUAAUGGAGACAAAGCCAGUGAGUCGUGCACACGCCGCGUUCACCAUGUCACCAAGCGCCAGCCACCUAUUAGUCAUCUGAUCAGCCUGCUAGUGCGAGACGGCACAACCAGCAACGUACAGAUGCUCUCCCACGGCUCUGCUGACCUCAUACUGGAGGCCUGCACUGACUUCUGGGAUGGCACAGACAUCUACCCACUCUCUGGAUCUGACAGGAAGAAAGUUCUGGAUUUCUACCAGCGUGCAUGCCUGUCAGGUUAUUGUUCUGCGUUUGCGUAUAAGCCCAUGCAGGUGGCACUGUCAAGUCAGUUAAAUGGGAAGUGUGUUGAGCUGGCACCCGGCCCAGCACUCUUCUCUGGAGUGGAGCUGCCCAGCACCACGCCCAUCAAACACAGCGGCCGCCGCAGCAGCUGGAGCUCAGAUGAGGGUAUAGGAGAGGGCUUGGAGAAGGAGGACUGUGUUCAGGCCCUAAGCGGGCAGAUUUUCAUGGGCAUGGUGUCGUCCCAGUUCCAGGCUCGCUUGGACACAGUGCGGCUCAUUGAGAACCUGGUGGGAGCCUGCAUCCGAUUUGUCUACUUCUCCAGGGAGGAUGAGCUGCGCAGCAAGGUGUUUGCAGAGAAGAUGGGUUUGGAAACAGGGUGGAACUGUCACAUUUCUCUAACACCUAACGGAGAUGGCCACGGUGAUGGAGCUCCCUCUAGCCCGAGCCAGGCAGGCUCUCUGCAUGAUGAUCUUUUGCCAGAUUCCCGGGAUGAUGCAGAGGGCCCGUUACUUGCUGAGGAUGAAGGCCAGUCGGAUCUCGCCAGCUUCCAAGCGACAGAGAGCGAUGUGCCCAGCUUUCUUGCUGAUGGCAAUAGAGCUAAGUUACCUCGUGGUAUCCAUCAGGUCCGCCCUCACUUGAAGAACAUUGACAAUGUGCCACUGCUCGUGCCGCUUUUCACUGAUUGCACUCCUGAAACCAUGUGUGAGAUGAUGAAGAUCAUGCAGGAGAACAGAGAGGUGACGUGCUGUUUGGGGAGCUCGGCUAACUUCUGGAACAGCUGCCUGUUCAUACAGAGUGACCUCAGUAUUUCUCUGGACCCGUUGUACCCAUCUCGCUGCUCGUGGGAGACAUUUGGCUAUGCGUCUGGCAGUGUUGUAACCGAGGAGCCGGAGGAACUGACUCCACUCCGGUUAAGCGCUCGCCUCAACAGCCUCAGCUGCUCCGUCACCUUACACCAGGGAGAAAGUUUCAGCCUGGUCAAGCUUAUAGAGCAGGCCAGACACACCACAUAUGGCAUACGCAAGUGCUUCCUCUUCCUGCUACAGUGCCAGCUGACACUGGUCAUAAUUCAGUUCUUGGCUUGUCUGACUCAGCUUCCACCUCCACUGAACAUAACAGACAUUUUGUGGCUCUCCUGCUUCUGUUAUCCAUUGCUGAGUGUAUCUUUCUUGGGGAAGCCUCCAGACAGCUCGGUGAUGGCAGUGGCUACUGGGAAAAACCUAGAUGACAUCCCUCGCAAGACUCAGCAGUACUUCCUGGGAUGGUUCCUGCUCAAGUUUGGUUUGACCGUGUGUGUUUACCUGCUGGGAUUCGGAUACUCCUUGCAGGCAGUGUUGGCUAAAGCUGCUAAUGGCACCAGUGUAAACUGUACCCACAUCUUCACUGCUUGCUCAUCUGAAAAGUGGUUUCACGAGUUAGCUAACGGUCUGCUGCUUAUCCAGAAAGUCAUGGCUGGCUUCCUGGCUCUUCAUACUGUGGUUAUUUCUCUGAGCUAUGUGCAUCGUUCUCAGCCACUGUGGAGGAAAAAUCCUUUCAGCAACACAUGGUGGUGUCUCACUGUGCCUCUAGUGCUGUUGGGUCAAGUGGUGCAGGCUAUAACAGAUUAUAAUUUAUGGCAAGACAGAGAUAAUAUUUUGAAUGACAAUACCGGUCUGGACUUUACAUUAAGUCUUGUACCCAUGGAGGUAUGGCUGCCCGUGUCGCUGUCCACUGUGCUAGUGGUGCUGAUCAACGAGGCUGUCAAACUGCACGAGAUCAGGGUACGUGUGCGCUACCAGAAGAGACAGAAACUCCAGUUUGAGACUAAGCUGGGAAUGAACUCUCCUUUCUGAGCAACUUGAAGUCUUGUUUGCUGUAAAAACACUGUUCCCAUCAAUGAGCAGUGGAGUAAGCAGGAGUUAUUUUUGUUCUGUUUUUUUUGUUCCUAGUGCCUCACUCAAACACUAACACACAAACUCUGAACCAGCAUUGCUUCAAGCCACCAGAAUACUCAGACAGCGUCUGUUCUCCAUCAAUAGGCUCCAUCUUUAAAUUUUUCUUCAAUUUUUUUGUUUAUGGUGGUUAUGUUCAUGCAUCCUCUGUUCCUUCUGGCUUGGGUAGAAAAGAACGAGUGGUAUUAUAAAAGAGUGUGAGUUCAGUACAAUUAAGUUUAGUAAUGUUAUCUUAAAAAUGCCAGGAUUAUUAUAGCUGGACAAUCUUCUUACCUAGUAAUAUAACGGUAUACAAGAUGUGUGGAAGUUUGAUAAGGCAUAUUAUGUUUUGACUCGGAUUUUAAUUCUAAGCUAAAGAAAUAUAGGACUGCAGAUGAUUUUUCUCAGUGGUAACAGGAAGUGUGUAGAAAGCAGAAGGAGCAUGCUGUUUUAUCUUCUAAUUAUUGAGCACUGCUUACACACCUCAGCAGUUUCUUCACUCUGUUUCAUAUGAAAAUGCCAUGCAUCACCAAAUACAGAAGAAUCUUUACAUAGAUUUAAAUGUCACUGUCGUUGUACAUCCUUUCAAAUACCUCAUGUCUAAUGCCUGCCACAGAGAUAGUUUUGCACUUGCACCAAAUCUAACGAGUCUAUUCAAAUCGAAGAAGGCGUUCUUAUCAAACAAUAUUAUAAGAAUGGAACUUUUUAACCAAUGCUCUGACUUGAUAUGUGUCAAACAAAAUAUGAGCCAAAAUUUUGCUGUGUCAUGUAUUGUUUGGUCAGAUGGAUCACUAUAACAAAUCAAUUAUCUAAAAUUCGGAACUAAAAAUCGAUUCCACAGAGAGCUGUCUUCUAGUCUUACCAUAGCUUAUCCCGGUGUGAUUAAGUUUAUGGCUGUUCUACCUCUUGCUGAUUGCCUCAAUAACAUUCUGCAUCCUCAAUGGUCAAGGGCUAGUGAGCUCGUGAUCAGAAGACGAUGAUCGAUAGAUGAUCAAAUCUGAAGCUCUCCACAGAACCCUGCUGGGCUUCUUGAACAAUGUUCUGAAUCCUCAAAUGAAAGUCCUGUUAUGUAUACAUAUCUGCCAAAUAAAGAAAUGCGAGCGUUAAUGUUUAAGUCCGAUUACAGGGGUUUUACUGAACAGUAUGUGAUGAGCAAUAUGCAUUAUUUAAAAUGACCAGCAUUUCUCCUUCCUUGAUGUUUUUACUGUUCUGUUUAAGGCCAAGCACCUCACUGUGGCUUUAAGGCAGUUUGGUCACUAAAACAUUGCUUCAGUUUGUCUGCAUCACCUCCUUUCAUUUACCCUAUUCAGCAUACAUGUACUUUUAGUCUUUCAUGUAUGUCUUCUCUUUGUGAACUCCAUGUAGAAGGAGCUCUUCAUGCCUUUUAGCUUUUUUUUCCAUAUCUAUUAAGCCACAUUUACUAUAGAGAUAUUGUAAGUUCUUAUUCCUCCUGAUUAUUCAUGACUUGCUAGAUUUACAUAGGCUUUGCUUUAUAGUUCCUGCAUCUAAACUAUUUAAUUAUUUAUUUAUUUUAUGGCACACGUCUAUAUUUUUAUGGAUAGUGCAUUAUACUUAAGCAGGCCUUUUUUCCAUACAGUUGCUUUGUGUCUGAAGAGAUCAUAUGUGCAGAACAUCAUGACUUGAUUCAUCACUGUACUCUUUUCAACUUGUGGGCAGAUCAAGUUAAUACACAGAAUGUAUUCAAACAGUGUUUGUCCUCCUGCUCUGUUUCCAGCUCAGGCCAAUUUUAAAUGUGUGUGUGUGUGUAUAAGCACCUGGAUAUCAGAUAUCAGACAGGGCAACGAUAUCAAUCAGGCAUUAACUGAGCGAGAUGUUUACUUGCUUUAUGUCUGGCGCGGAAGUGAUGGAAGGUGACAUGUUGGGGUAAUCAGCAGAGAUUUUUUUUUUUUUUUUUUUUUUUGCACUGAUCAAUUCUGUAGAUCUUUAUAUGUUCACCUUGUGUAAUAGAGCAUGAUUGCACAACUUUUUGUACAGUUAUGAAAUAUUGUUCUUUUUUAAUGUUGUUGAAUAAAUGUACAUUUUAAUUUCCGCCGAAUUAUAUGCAUGAUUAAGACUUUCACGAACUCAACAGUUAAACUCUUUUGAGAAUAUUGGAUCUUGCAUGCACUUCAGAUGUUGCUGAGGACUCCAUCUAUCAUAUCAGCCUUAGCCAUCCCACAGGAAACAUGUCCAGUCUCUCUACUGUACAGAUAUUUGUGCAAAUAAGAACAGAAUAAAAGACCUGUAUCGGUUGGUGCCAGCUACUCAUGAAAAGAUUUGCAAUUUGUGAAUGUUCAAAGUUUAUAAAUGUAUUUUUUCUAUUUUUAAGAGGUCAUUGAUUUUUAUUUUUUGCCAAUUGAUUUGUGAUCUUUUAAUAAAUACCUUCAUUUAAAGACUA